AUGCAAAUGUUGAAUUCGAGGAUGUAGAGCUAAGAGACUUGAGGUCCAAUAACUAUCAACUAGAAGGUAUAUUUUCUGUUGGGGAGAAAUCCCCAUAUGAUGGCAAUGACUUGGCAUUGGUAAGGGAAAGAAUACUUUCAUGCCUUCACGAUUCUUGCCCUUUUUCUGUCUCACCAAAAUCAAGACUCAGGUCAUGUGCACGUUUAUCAAGAAAACACCUUUUUUUUUUUCCAGAAAAUAAAAAGGCCCUGGAAGACAAGUGUAAUGCAUUGAGGUCUGUGAAAAACACAAAGGAAACAAAAGUCAAACAGCUGAAGGAGAAAGCACAUAACCUGGAAGAAUUCUAUGAACAAAGAAAAGUUCCUACAAAAAAAGAAGCUGAAAAUGACACUGUGAACUGGCAGCAAAGAAGAAUCAGCUGGCAGCUGCAGAUCGCAGUUCAUGAGAAGAAUGCUCAGGACAACGAGAUCAAGACUCAGAUCUGGGACAGAGAGAUGGUGGAGCAGGGCAGGGAUGUCGCUUACUUGAAAUACAGACUGGACAGGAUGGAAGCAAAGAGGCUGCCUGAGGGAUACACGAGACAGAAACCAAUGGCUGCAAGACCAGAGAUGCAGAACCUUCCAAGGAGAGGGCAGUCUGGAUCCUGGAGACCUCCUCCAUUAACUGGACGAUUCUGCAUGCCCUACCCUAGAAACGCCCCACCCCCAUGGACUAUUAGGCACAUCCACCUCCUGAACCUUGGUGGCCCUGGGGCCACCCAAAACCCCUCCACCUGCAACACUUGGCGUCUCUUGUGGAGAAGGAAUGGGGCCGUAUGCAGAAAAGCAGACAUAGCGCUUCAGCAGAAAUGCCCUGUACACAGUCCACGUGCUGGGAUCUGUGAGGCAUGAGGCACAACGUAACGUAUGUCCAUCUAGUUGUGCCCACAGCCAUCCAUAGUUGUUCGAUGAGUGAUGAAUACAUCUGAGUCAGGGCUUUUAGGAGUCUUCUUCAAGUUAUAAGGGAUGGUUCUUCAAGUUAUUCUUGGGGAUCACCUGAGGCAUGUGGGACACCCUGUGCAUGUGGUUUGGGAUCUGACUGGGGCAAAGAG